AUGCGGGGAUGCCCAAUCGACAAAGCACUGCAUAAAAGAGGUUCAGAUCAGAGCCCAACUUGUUCUUCCCACAGUUCGCACGAUCUCGGGAGUAAUCGUUCAAACGCUGGCCUGCCACCCCACCCGAAAGCGAAAGGUGAACGGUUUAUUUGCAUUGGCGAGGGAUGUGCUUCUUUGCUAGACAUUGCAAAAAUUUUGAAGAAAAACCUUGGACCCAAGACUCGUACAGUGCCAGCCACCGUCCUGUCAAACCUGUUCAUCCAGGCCGUUGCUAUUUCUCUUCCCGUUACCCGUCUUGUCCUACCAGAUUUAGGAGUCAAAAAAGCAUUCAGCAGCACCAAGUCCAAAGGACUUCUGGGAUGGACAUGGAAAUACAACCAUGAGCAGGAAAUCAUCGCAUCUGCUGAAGGUCUACAUAAGUUCCGUUUGAUCAAGGCGUAA